AUGAUUCAACUGAUGUCUUCGCUGGGACAUUUCUGGUUGCUUGAACAUCCGGAAGAUCUGGGUCGCCUGCCCAAUGGCGAUGACCCAGCUAGCAUUUGGCAAUGGCCUCAGAUCCGGACUGCAGUGGGCGACGCCCCUUGUUGGGGCAUCCGCCAGUGCGAUUACUCCGCCGAUACUCCAAAACCUACUCGCUUGGCUUCGAAUCUGCCUGGGGCUCGAGUCUUCGGGUCUUCCUGGCCCUCCUUUCAGGAAGAUGGGACAUAUGCAGGGCCCAUCCUUCGGUGUGAUCACCAUCACGGACCAGGGGCUGGUUGGUCAUCGGGCCAGUGGCGCACUGCCGGUACUGAAGCUUACCCAUCCCCGCUUUGUGCCUUUCUUGCUGACCUGAUUGCCUCGGCACUUUCUGCUUCCUUUAGCACGGAUGGUCCGGAACAACAUGCUGCUGAACAGUUUGCUACGUUUCUCUUGCAACAGGACAGGCCCCCUGCUCCACACGAUGCCCAAGCACUGAUCACCCUCUUGCCACUGGAGGCCCCGCAUGUCAGUGCUCAGACUGCGGCUGGGCAAGCCUUCUUUGGCGGGGCAUACUGCAAAGGGGGAGUUGUCGGCCUUCGUAGGUCCUGCCGCGAGUUUCCGGCCACCCUUCGGGUCCUGUGCACUUUGCUCCGCCAUGCUUUUCCAGGCCAGAUCUUCUCUUCUGUUGCGGUCUUUGUGGAUGCAGCCACACAGAUGCAUCGGGAUUCGCAUAAUGCACCCUAUCCAAAUCUUCUGCUAGCACUUUCGACGUUCUCCAAUGGCCAGGUGUGGCAGCAGGAUCAGAAUGGGGAUGUCUGGCGCACGGUGCAUGGGACUCCGUGUCCGGGGGUCCUCUUGGAUGUCGCUCGGGCACCACAGCUUCUGCGAGCUUGGGAGCGCUUUCAUCAGACUGAACCCUGGUCUGGAGGUUCUCGGGUGGUGCUCGUUGGCUACUGCGUCCGCCAACUGCCGGCUCUUGACGUGAGCUCGCUAUCCUUGCUUUCGCAUUUGGGCUUUCUGCUCCCGCCGUCAGUCACUGCUGGCGUUGCCCGGGGUGAUACAGCAGAGACCUUAGCGGAGCCCUCGGGUCCUGUCGCCGAUGCUGGGACGCCCCUUGCAUCUAAGGAGGCAGAGGAAGAGAGUGAUGUCUUCGAUCAGGCCACAAGUCGUUGUUUUGGUCAGCCCAUUCAUUGCCGCAAUCACCCGAAAGGGCGCAUGUUUGUUGAUGGGUUUGGCUUGUGCUCUCCGGGGCGCUGGCGCCCGGAACAGCGAGGCAUGCUCUCAAGUCGAGAGGAGUGGCAGCAUGCUGAGCGGGUGCAAAGGGCGAUCCGAAACUUUGUGCUAGAGGAGGUUGGUGACUUGCGCAAGGCUGCUUUGCAACUGGCUGUCGGAAGGAUGAAGUCGUCCCCCUUUAGUGAACAGGGCGUGCAGCGUUUGAGGCAGCAGGUUGCAAGCAUGCUGCCAGACCCGGAUCUGGCUUUGCAGGUCCCAGAGCGCCAGCCUUUCUUGUUGCACUUGUUGUCGCAGUCCUUGAAGUUGAUGGGUGAUCCAGAUUGGGCAUGCCUCUCUCAAGGGGAGGAAUGCUUUGCGAUGGGCGUGCCACUGGGUGACGAGACCCUUUGCCGCGUACGCCGCAGGUGUACCGGGAACGAGUGA